CAGGGAAUUGCAAAUCAUUCAGUUUGUCAAAUCAUUAAUUUUUUCUCCGGUCGGUGAAUCGUCUAAUUUUUGCUCAAAAUUAAUUGCAAAUUUUCUUAAAAAGUUUGCCCCAAAAGAUAAGUAGGUUCAAAGCAAAGAGGUAGACAUGAUUUCGCAACGUUUCGCCAACCUAGGUGUCGAACAAGGUGCGGGGGUGAGCGGAACGAAGAAAUCUGCCACCCGGGACAUGCCUGACUGGAUGUCGGCGGAGCAUUCGACAGGAACCACAAUCAUGGCCUGUGAAUUUGAUGGAGGUGUUGUAAUUGGAGCAGAUACUCGAACGACAACUGGCAUGUACGUCGCCAACCGAGUCACCGAUAAGCUAACCCGUGUCACAGAUCGUAUUUAUUGUUGUCGAUCCGGCUCUGCUGCGGACACUCAAGCCAUCGCUGAUAUUGUCAGUUAUCACUUGGAAUUUCACGAAAUUGAAUCUGGUGAGCCUGCCCUUGUUCGUGGCGCUGCCGCCGUGUUUCAAGACAUGUGCUACAACUACAGAGACCAGCUUUCGGCCGGUAUCAUUGUUGCAGGAUGGGAUUCUCGCCACGGGGGACAAGUCUACUCUGUACCUAUUGGGGGGAUGUUGGUCCGGCAAGAAGUCUGCAUUGGAGGGUCCGGGUCUGGAUUUCUCUACGGUUUUGUAGAUUCCAACUUUAGACCAAAAAUGAGCAGGGACGAGGCUGAAAAGUUUGUGACGAGUGCUGUCACCCUCGCUCUCAAUCGCGACGGUUCAAGUGGUGGUUGUGUCCGUCUUGGAACCAUCACGAAAGAUGGAAUCGAUCGGAAAGUCGUCCUGCACAAUGAAUUGCCAAAGUUUUAUGAAGGUUAAGUUAGCCAAUUCGGUUCGCCGCUCAUCAUUUCAUCCAAUUUCAAUUUUCAUCAGCUUAUUACUACACUGUAAGUAAGUUAGUGAAAGUAAUUUAAUUAAUUUGUCAAAAUCAAAUAAACUAAAUGUAGCAGGAAUUAAGCCUUUGGGAGACUGGAUAAUAAAAUAGGAAACAUUUUUUGAUUCAAAAUUUUGUUACUACUAUGAAUAAAAAGUAGCGCUCAGUCAAUUAUCCAAAACUUUUAUACACUAUCCUUUCGUGAAAUAAAUAAUGAUACGUCUUUAACUUCAAAAUUGUAAAACUUAA